UAAAUUAAUUAAUGGCUGAAUCACAGACAACUGUAGAGCUUCCUGUACUUGAUAUUUCUCAGCCUUUAAGCACCUCCAAGCUCUCUGCCCUCUCCGCAGCCUGCAAAGAAUGGGGUUUCUUCUAUAUCACCAACCAUGGAGUCUCCAAAGAUCUUUACAGGAAACUUCAUUCCCUCUCAAAUCAUCUCUUCAACCUCCCUUAUGAAACCAAAGUCAAGGUUGGCCCUUUUUCAUCCAUCAAAACUUACACACCACACUUCAUUGCGUCCCCUUUCUUCGAGAGUUUUCGAGUGUCUGGACCCGACUUUUCCUCUUCUGCCCAGAGUUCUGUGGAGGCUCUCCUUAAGGAACCAAAUUCAGACUUCAGUGAGACAUUAAAGGAGUAUGGAAGGAAGAUGACAGAGCUAUCAAAAGCAAUAGUACAGUUUGUUCUAAUGAGCUUAGGCAAAGAUUUUCAAAAGAAAUUCUAUGAAUCUGAAUUCAGCAAGUGCCAUGGUUACUUGAGAAUAAUCAACUACUCACCUCCGGAAAAUGUGGUAGAAAAACAAGUUGAAGGGCUAGGGAUGCACACAGACAUGAGUUGUGUGACAAUAGUUUAUCAAGAUGAGAUUGGAGGGCUUCAAGUGAGAUCUAAAGAAGGUACAUGGAUGGACAUAAACCCAUGUGAAGACACUCUCGUUGUCAACAUUGGAGAUUUGAUGCAUGCAUGGAGCAAUGGGAGGCUCAGGUCAUCUGAACAUAGAGUUGUUCUAAAACGUAAUGCUAAUAGAUUUUCUUUGGCGUUCUUCUGGUGUUUUGAAGAUGAGAAAAACAUUUCAGCCCCGGAUGAAGUUGUCGGAGAAGAAGAUAACAGGGUAUACAAGACGUUUAUUUGUAAGGAUUAUUUGAGAUUUAGAGAGAGCAGCGAGAAAGGGAAGUUUGAGAAGGUGGGUUUUACAGUGAAACAGUUUGCAGGAAUUAAUUCAUAAUCAAGAGAUGAAGAAGUGAUUAUUGGGUUUGUUAAUUA